UGCGGUUGCUGGUGUAUGUUCCGUGGGGCCGAUGCGUCAGUUCCGUCUUAUUCUGGCCGUUCCGAACUUCCAGGGUCUCUGUGACGCGCAACCACCUGGCAAUCGAUUUAGGGGAAAAAAAUCUUCGGCGGAGAGUGCAGCGUGAUUUCUCAAAAAGGACCGCACGGAGGUAGAGGGAGUGACUCCUGAGCUACUGACAGCAAAGCUCCACGCACUCUGCCAGGUGCUGUUCUGACCUCGCAGGAUCUGUGUAACUCAGGACUGUGCCCGUCCCCAGACGUAGGAGGAAACAUGACCACGUUCAAGGAGGCAGUGACCUUCAAGGAUGUGGCCGUGACCUUCACAGAGGAGGAGCUGGGGCUGCUGGACUCCGCCCAAAGGAAGCUGUACCAGGAAGUGAUGCUGGAGAACUUCCGGAACCUGGUCUCAGUGGAAAAGGAAAAAAGGCUUUUGGUGGUGAAGACAGCAACCCAAAGAGAAGGGAAGUCAGAAGGAAAAAUCCUAAGUGAGAUGGAGACUGUUUCUGAAGCAGGACCACAUGAAGAGCUUUCCUGCUGGCAGACCUGGCAACACAUUGCAGGAGACUUAACCAGGUGUCAAGCCUCCAUGAUAAAAAGUUCUGAGUUCCACCAACAAGGUGACUCACCCAGCCAGGUUGGGGCAGGAUUCUCUAUAACUCGCACAGGUCAGAAACCUUAUCCGUGCAAUGAAUGUACAGUAUCUUUCAGUGAUGUCUCCAGUUCUGAUCUUCAUCAACAAAUACACUCAGGAGAGAAGUCUCAUACAUGCAGUGAGUGUGGAAAAAGCUUCUGUUACAGCUCAGCACUUCGCAUUCAUCAGAGAGUUCACUCAGGAGAGAAACGCUAUAAGUGUGAUGAGUGUGGCAAGGAAUUCAGUCAGAGCUCACAGCUGCAAACUCAUCAGAAAGUCCACACCGUAGAGAAGCCAUUCAAAUGUGAGCAUUGUGGGAAAGGCUUCAGUCGUAGAUCAACACUUACUGUUCAUUGCAAAUUACACACGGGAGAGAAACCUUAUAAUUGUGAUGAAUGUGGAAGGGCCUUCAUUCAUGCUUCACAUCUUCAAGAACAUCAGAGAAUCCACACUGGGGAGAAACCGUUCAAAUGUGAUAUAUGCAGUAAGACUUUCCGCCGUAGAUCAGCGCUUAACAGUCAUUGUAUGAUCCACACCGGAGAGAAACCAUACAAAUGUGAGGAGUGUGGGAAGUGUUUCACUUGUAGCUCAAAUCUUCAUAUCCAUCAGAGGGUUCACACAGGAGAGAAACCUUAUAAAUGUGAGGAGUGCGGUAAGUGCUUCAUUCAGCCUUCACAAUUUCAGGCCCAUCGGAGAAUCCACACGGGAGAGAAACCAUACGUAUGUAAAGUGUGUGGUAAGGGCUUCAUUUACAGUUCAAGUUUUCAAGCCCAUCAGGGAGUCCACACAGGAGAAAAACCAUACAGAUGUGGUGAAUGUGGGAAGAACUUCAGGAUGAAAAUCCAUUAUCAAGUUCACCUGGUUGUCCACACUGGGGAAAAACCCUAUAAAUGUGACGUAUGCGGGAAGGGCUUCCGCCAGAGUUCAUAUCUUAAAAUCCAUCAGAAGGCCCACAGCAUAGAGAAACCUUACAAGUGUGGGGAGUGCGGGCAGGGCUUCAAUCAGAGUUCACGACUCCAGAUCCACCAGCUGAUUCAUACUGGUGAGAAACCACACAAAUGUGAAGAGUGUGGGAAGGGCUUCAGUCGUAGAGCAGAUCUUAAAAUUCACUGCAGAAUCCACACCGGAGAGAAACCGUAUAAUUGUGAGGAGUGUGGGAAGGUCUUUAGUCAAGCGUCUCAUCUUCUGACCCAUCAGAGAGUCCACAGUGGAGAAAAACCAUUCAGAUGUGAAGAGUGUGGGAAGAGCUUCAGUCGGAGUUCACACCUUCAAGCCCAUCAGAAGGUGCACACUGGAGAAAAGCCUUACAGAUGUGAGGAGUGUGGGAAGGGCUUCAAGUGGAGCUUGAACCUUGACAUGCAUCAGAGGGUCCACACAGGAGAGAAACCGUAUAAAUGUGGGGAGUGUGGGAAGCAUUUCAGUCAGGCUUCAAGUCUUCAGCUUCAUCAGAGCGUCCACACUGGAGAGAAGCCGUACAGAUGUGACAUGUGUGGUAAAGUCUUCAGUCGGUCUUCACAGCUUCAGUAUCACAAGCGAGUUCACACAGGGGAGAAACCUUACAAGUGUGAGACGUGUGGUAAGAGCUUCAGUUGGCGCUCCAAUCUUGUAAGUCAUCACAAAAUUCAUACUGGGGACACAUUUUAUGAAAGUGUUGAGAGUGGUCAGAACAUCAAGGAACUGUCAAAGGAAAGACAUCCUACAAAAUGAUGUUUUCAGAAAACUCAUGUGCAGCCUGAAUUCUUGAAAUCGUCAAGUCUCAGGAGAAAAAGUAUAUUAGGUUAGUUGGUAUUGAAGCAGUAGCUGGACAGAUCCCAGUGUUCAACAGACCAUAGAGCAGAGACGCCUUCUGAGUGGUGCAGUAAGGGCUGCAUCCAGAACUUUGACAUUUAUCAGAUGUCACUUGGCAUAUAGCACUUAGAAAGGAAAAGAGUUUGGUCUGGCAUUUAAUGAAAGUGUAAGGGUGGGCUUGUCAAAAUUGAUGUCCACGAGAAUGUGAGCUCCAUGAGGGCAGGGACUUUGCUGCUAAAUCUACACAACCUUAACAUUGACUAGCACUUAUAGAUGUGCUCAGCACUUGUAUGUUAAACCAAAAGGGGGAAAUGUACAGUAUGUGAAAAUUGUAUCCAGUUGGGGAAACCUGCAACCUAAAAUUAAUUCAGGAAGUGAACAUUUGUUGAAAUGCAGAAAACCACUUGAUAUUACAGUCUACAAUAUUAAUAUGGUAUUAGCCUAUUGCAAUUGGCUCCCUGCCUGCCGCAGCCUCUGUUCUCAAGUUGGGUUAUUAUUUGAGGCCCUGUCUAGCCUUCUAAGGAUUGUGUCCAGUAUAAAUUGAACUAUCUUGUGAUGUUUUUUCUGACAGUAUAGACUAAAAAACAUUAUUAACUUUGCAGCAACAGGUAACUGCAUAUUAUACAGUUGAUUUUUCUGUCUAUUAAUGUGAAGGCAGGGUUUACUGUAACACUUUCAAAGUGUCACAAAAAUUGUCACUAGAAAAAAUUUUCUUAGUCAAUCUUGAACUUAUUUUUGAUUUCUAAUUCUUUGCGUUUUCAUCCAGACUUUGAAAUGUUUGCCUUCUCAUUACUGUGUGGAGAUCUCAUCCACACGAACGAACCUGAAUGUGAGUGGCAUGGUGGAAUUAAGAAAAUUCACGCAAGAGUAUAGGAAAGCAUGGGGUCAGGGGACUCAAGACCAAGCCAGUGAAGAGUCCCGAGCUCUGAUUCCCAUAGCGUAUUUAUUGAGAAAAAGCAUUCUAGCAUUCUAGAUUAUAAAUCACGAUAAUGGACAUCACGAGGUAUAUGCUUCAGUUAGAGAAAAAAGGCAAAACACCUUGUUUUUUAUGAUUACUAGGAGAGAGAGUUUAUCUUUAACUUGGGGCUGGAGCCUGGAGCCAUGGGCUAUAUGACUGCUUUAUCUCAAUGGUUUUCCUUGAGACUAGUUCUGCUUUCAGAACUGCCUACAGCCAUGUAGCCGGUCUUGUGCUCUCAGGAUUGUUACUCCAAGUCAGUGUCCUUUGUGUCCUCUGUGGUUCUCUACAUUACUGUAGCAUUUCUUCCAUCAAAACUUCUCAGGUAGGGGCUAUGCCAUAUUCUUCCCCCACAUCCAUGAGGCAAAUACGCAGAAAACUUGUAGGAAUUUGAUAAAAUUAUCAAAUGUAUUAUUGAGACAACAUUGACAUUCAGGUACUUUUCCCUAUUGGUAGCAGUACAACGUGGUUUUGGGAAAGGAGUACAUAUCAGAAUAUAGGUGGUACAUCUCAUUGAUCUGGAAAUCAUAUAAUUGGAUGUUAUUGAUUAUGAGAUUAAAAUACCAAAAAGAUGAGCACCACGUCAAUGAUGUCACUGAAUUUUUUUAAUGGCAAUAAGUGUAUAGCUGUAGGAAUUUGAGUUUUGAUAUAUUCUCAUAUUAAUCUGAAGCCAUUAAAAUUAUGGCAGAUAGCAUAAUGGCAGGAGAUACACAAUAUGGGCUUUGAGAGAUCACAGAUUGUAGCCUUCAUAGUCAUAAUCACCCGUAAAUCUUUGUGAGUGUGUGUGUGUGUGUGUGUGCACGUGUGCACACGUCUAUGUGUACUACAUGCAUAAGAUCGUAUGCAAAGGGAUACUCUUCCAGAGUGCUUUUCCUCAGCAAGGAGCAUUUUGUGGUAUUUUUCCACUUUAUAACUUCAUGUUAUGUUUUUUUCAUUGAACAGUGAAUAUUGCCAAAGCAGGAAGUUAUUACAAUAGAAUUUGAAAAAGUACUAAAUAAUUAUUCCUUGCAGUUAAGACCUCAUAAUACGAUUGUUCUAUGUUGUCAUAAG